AUGCUCUACCAUAUCCUCAAUCAAGCCAAGAAGCAACUGAGCAUGAUUCUCUUUGAGCUUACUGGAGAUGGAGGUACUGGAGUAGCACUGUAUGUCUUGCAUCCAGCAUUGUUCAAUCCAGAUGUUACAUGGGACAGAAAGAAUAACCCAGAGCCCAGGAACAAACUGGGUCCCAGUGAUCAAUACAAGUUCUACUCAGUUAAUGUGGAUUACAGCAAACCAAAGAAAGAAGGAGAUUCCCAGUGGAGGAGCCCCACGGGUCGCCAGCGUGACUCUUGUGACCGGCGAGGCGGUUUUGCCGGCGCCUCGGAGCGUCGGUUCUUGGUGCAGAGUCAGAAAAGCACCAUCAAUCUUAACGCUGCUGAUUUAGUCGGUGCAGUGGGUGGCUCAGAUUUCGGCGCUGAGAAUCAAUAA